AUGCAGACAGAUCUUCACUCGAUAAUCGCAUCUCCUCAAUUUUGCUUAAAAUUAUGUCUAUUUAGAGGUGAUUGUGUAGCACAUCGUCAUGCAAUUUUCUUUGUAACAGGCUUGAAGUAUCUACAUUCCGCCCGCAUAAUACAUCGUGACAUCAAGCCCGGAAAUAUGUUGGUCAAUUCUGAUUGUCUUCUGAAGAUUUGUGAUUUCGGUCUGGCUCGUAUUGAGAGUCAAUCGGAAUGUGACAGUCUGACCCAGGAGGUGGUCACUCGUUAUUAUCGAUCGCCUGAGCUGCUCAUGGAGUGCCCUAAAUACACGAGCGCUGUGGAUCUCUGGAGUGUUGGAUGCACCUUCGGCGAACUUUUGAAGCGCAAGGUCUUAUUUCCGGUAAGUGCUUCUUUACUUAAUGUUUUUACCUGUGGAAAUUUAUUUUAA